CCAGGGUGAUGUCAGUGGAUCAGCUGCUCUAUAACAAAGCGGCGAGACGAGUGUGGGGAGAGAAAGCGAGCGGCGACGGACGGAGGCGCUCGCUGCUCAGGCUCGCGUGCACGACGACGGCCCCUUGCCAGCUCGCUCCGCGGACUCACUCUAGAGGGAGACUGUGCGAGCUGCCCGCCCGCCUGCCCCGACUGGACUAGGCGAGUGCCGGGACAGGCAAGAGGGCGGGCGUGCGCGCGCUCCCGGACAGGGCUAGUCAGCCAAGUUGACUCUCUCUGGCCGGCGAGCUGAGCCAUGGACAGCGACGAAGAGACGCUAGAAGAGACCGUCGAGGGAGCGCUUGAUGAUGAUGGGCUGCCACAUGGAUUCUGUACUGUCACAUACUCCUCCACUGACAGAUUUGAGGGAAAUUUUGUGCAUGGAGAAAAGAAUGGCCGUGGCAAGUUUUUCUUUUUUGAUGGAAGCACGCUAGAAGGCUAUUAUGUCGAUGAUGCUCUGCAAGGCCAGGGAGUGUACACUUACGAGGAUGGAGGGGCUCUUCAUGGCACUUAUGUGGAUGGGGAGCUGAAUGGGCCAGCCCAGGAAUAUGAUGCUGAUGGACAACUGAUAUUCAAAGGACAGUACAAAGAUAAUAUUCGGCAUGGAAUUUGUUGGAUAUACUACCCAGAUGGUGGGCAUCUGGUUGGGGAAGUUAAUGAAGAAGGAGAAAUGAGUGGAGAGAAGAUAGCCUAUGUAUAUCCUGAUGGGAAGACAGCAUAUUAUGGGCAGUUCAUAGAUGGUGAAAUGUUAGAAACAAAGUUGGCAACCCUUAUAUCCAUAGAAGAUGGAAAGCCACAAUUUGAAGUGGUACCAGGCAGCCCAGUGCACAGUUUUGAUAAAUCUACUUCAUCCUGCAUUUCUACAAAUGCACUUCUUCCUGAUCCUUAUGAAUCAGAGAGGGUGUAUGUAGAUGUGUCUCUUAUUUCCAGUGCUGGAGAAGGCUUAUUUUCUAAAAUAGCUGCUGAAACUGGCACAGUUAUGUCCUUUUAUAAUGGAGUACGGAUUACGCACCAGGAGGUGGACCUCAGGGACUGGGCUUUGAAUGGAAAUACGAUAUCUCUUGAUGAUGAAACAGUUCUAGAUGUCCCCGAACCCUAUAACCAUGCAGCCAAAUACUGUGCCUCACUGGGGCACAAGGCAAACCAUUCCUUCACACCCAACUGUAUGUAUGACUCGUCGUCUCCAGGAAUUCUGAGAGAAAAGUUAACAUAUCAGAAACAGGUUUGUUUUGAUGGAGAGCGACAGAGUAAUAACAACUGGAGGAUGCCGCACAAUGGAGCCUUGUUUACUGUACAGGAUUUAGUAUAUAAAUUAAAAACAGGAAUAUUGAAAGGUUAAAGGCAAACCCAUGAAUUGCUACUGUAAAACAAAUCAUGUUAUGUAUAUUUCAAGUAACUUUUAUGGGAAUUCUAAACCUGCAUUUUAUAGCUCUUAACUAAUAUUUCUCUAUGAUAAGUAAAGCAAUUCAUCAUUACAGAAAUUGAACUUUUCAAAGUUCUGCAGUUGAGCUGUAAUAUUAGCAUUUGCUUUUUAAAUAGUUUCCCAAAUAUUUGCAGUGCAUUAACAGAUUACUUGCUUUAGAGUGUUUGUACUAGCAGAAGUGUAAGCUCAUGCCACUAGUGAGAAAGUUUGGUUCUUUAUUUAUGCUAUGGAGACAUCCCUUUCGGGGAGGGGCUGUCACUUUCAGGGGCAGAGCACAUACUCUACUUGCUGAAAUCCCAGUGUCAAUCCCUGUCAUCUCAGGUAGGGCUGGAAAACAUCCCUGUCUGAACCCUUGGCAAUCUACUGCCCAUCAGUGCAAACUGUAUUAAAGUAGAGGAACCAGUGGUCUGACUCUGCAUAAGGGAGCUGUUGUACAUGCAGGUCAAUAUAACUCACUUCUGCUGGGCUUUUAAAAAUUAACCAGCAUUCAAGCAGGUCGUGCAGGGCUUAAAGGCAGGGAGGGUCUGAUACUGCUCGGAAAUGUUAAGGAGGGACUGAGAGAAAUGUAUCCAGGUGGGGUCAUCCUGAGGUUAGCUUUCAAGGUUCCUCCCAAAGAUAUUUUAGACUUUAUUGUGGUGGGAAGUUAAAAUGCAAUAGCUUCACUAUUUUUCAGGUUCCAGGUUAGCUUUUUUUAAAUUUUAGAAUAUGCAUAAGGAAUUAACUAAAAGCAAAAAAAGAAAAAAGAAAAAGGUGGCCCUUUGGUGUCAAAGAAUCAUCGUCAUUGUAAUUCUUUUACAUUGAUAUUUAUAAAGCCGUAUUUAUUGUCAGCUUUAUUUCAAAGAAGAAGAUGGAUGUUGCUGUUUAGGGUUGUACAGUGGAUGAACUUUUUAUUUUAUUUUAUUUUAUUUUAUUUUAUUUUUAAGUCUGGCCAGGAUUUUAAUUGCAAAAGGUUGGUGAAUGGGGGCUUUGUCAGUACUCCCAACUUCGCUCUUUGGCAACUCAAGCCAUGUCUCUUCAGGCUUGUUCAAAUAUGGCAAGUAGCCCACGCAGAUGAGAUUUCAUUAACUCAGCUGGGUUUGUGAAGGCUGAACUGACCCUCACUUGUGGAAGUGAGAUGGCAAAGACUGAAAUGAUGAUGUUAAAGCAGAUCUGUACAAAAAAGGGAGGAAAAGUGACGCGGAACUUAUUUUUUACAUACAUUUAAGCGCACUACCAACUUGCUAUUCAUUCACACACAAAAAUGUCUGCAGAUGAAUACUACUGAAUUUGAUGGACCAGGUAUUGGUUCAAUGAAAUUAUUCAGUAGCAAUUCUGCAUCUAAUGUCCUUUCUGCUUGCUUUCAUGGAGUUCAGUUUGAGAAAGUACUUUGGCAUCUCUGCAGUUCUAAGCACAUUUUCUAGGGUUCAAGUUCUGGAUUUAAUGUGGGAUUUAUUUCUGAAUGAACAUGCUUAGGAUCACACUGCAUAUCUAAUAUUUGAACAGGUAUACUCCCUGAGCUUACUGACAUUAUUGUUAAUGCAGAAAUAAGAUUUGUUUCUCCUGAUGACUAUGUUGUUUUCUUACUCUUUGCUAUCAUAUGUUUUGUUCUAGUAGUGAAGGAUAAAUCCAUCACUAACACAUGCUUCUGUCAUGAAAAGCAACUUCUGGACAACAAACAAACCCCAGUAGUUGCAGAGAGCUGCAACUACUGGACUCUACAGUAUACUUUGUUCUCUGUCAACACUUGAAUGUGCCCCAAGCUCAUCGAUUCUUAUUUUCUUUCACUUUCUAGUCUUUUCUCACUUCCUUUCUUGCGCAGCUUUUCAGAGACUUGUAGCUGUUUCUAGGCAGUGCUAACACUCACCUGGUAAAAUAUAGUUCCUUCAUAGAAGAUGUGGAAUUGGGGUUGCAAAAUGUUAUAGAAUAUAUAUUUUUCUCUUUGUUGUCCAACUAAGAAGGAUCAUUCUGUACCCAAGAGCUCAAAAGAGUUAAGGCAUAUGUGGAUCUAAGUUGAUAUUAAUUGCAGCCUGUAAUUCCGUAGCUCAAACCCAUAUUCUAUGGAUGCUGCUCAACUUCUUUAUAAAAACUUUCAGGAAAGGGAUCUCUGCAAGUGAUUAUGGCAGCUUGUUCCAUUGCCUUUUUUAGAAUUAGGAAGUAUUUAGUUGGAAUAUAACUGGAGGACAUGCUGAGGAGUAAGGAUGUUUUUUAAAUCUCCUUACUUACUUGCAGCUUCUUCUCCCCACUUCCCUUCUGGACUGGGGUUGGGGGAGGGACUCUGGUUAUGGCCCCUGUGCUCUUCUCCCUUGUGCAGGCUGCUAGCUAUCUAGGGCUCAGCUCACUCUAAUUGUGUUAUGAUAUCUUGCACCUAGGCUGAUUGGUGUGGGUGAGAGCCACACUGGUUGGGCUUUUGAACUCCUAGCCCUUAUUAGGGUGGGCAGCACCGGGGGACAACUCAGAAGGGAGCUGGAAUAAAUGCUGUAGGGUAAGGGGUUUGUUUCAUCUGGCUUCUACUCCCCGCUUUCCUUCUGGACUUCUACUCCCCACUUUCCCUCUGGCGGGAGGGGGGACUCUGGCUAUGGCUCCUGUGCUCUUCUCCGUUUUCAAGGCUGCUAGCUAUCUGGGACUCAGCUCAUUCUAACUGUGCUUAUCUUGCACCUCGGCUGGGCUCCCUGAUUGGUGUGGGUGAGAGCCACAUUGGUUGGACUUUGAACUCCUGGCACUUAUUAGGGCGGGUAGCACUAGGAGUGUGGCAGCCGAAGCUGGGCAGCCUUUUGGAGUGGGACUGAGGGCUGGGGCCAAUUUAUUGUCUUGGACUACUUCCCUAUAGUACCAGGCUUUCUGUUGUUGCCUGGCUACUUAUAGCUAUGUGUCAGCGAUUCUGGUAAGGGAGAUGUUGUUCCGAAGGAUCACAGCCAUUCCACCACCACCCUUCCACCUUGGUACAGGUGGUGGAGUAGGGGGCGCUUUGCGGGUUCUGGAGUGGCUAUUACUGUAGUGGUGGGCAAUAGAAGAUUUGGUGUUGGCAGGUCAGCAGGCCAUUACAGGGGAGGGGAGACCAGAAAUUUAAUAGCUGUUUCCACUUCUGGCGGUCCUGUCAUCUCUCAGGCCUCAGUGAGUCAUUCCAACCACCCUCAGAACCUGACCUGCUCCUUUGCAGUGCCAGGUCUGUUCAAAUUUAAUCUUAGAUGAGAGAGCCGACUUGGCUUGUAUAACUGAGACCUGGUUGGGGAGGCUAGUGGCCUGGUAUAGGCUUAUCUUCUCCCUACUGGGUACUCUGUGGUGGAACAGAUUAGUGAAGGGGGAGUGGCUGUGAUCUAUCAGAAUAACAUUUCCCUUACCAGAAUCCCUGUGAGAGAACUGGACCAUAUAGAGUGUGUGUAUCUAGGCCUGGGGACGUGGGAUAGAUUGGGGAUUCUGUUGGUAUACCAAGCACCCCGUUGCCCAAUGGAGUCCCUAACUGAACUGAUGGAGCUGGUUGCGGAGUUGGUGUUGGAGUCAACCAGGCUUUUGGUGUUGGGCAACUUCAAUGUUCACUUCAUGGCUGGCUUGUCUGGUUCAGCUCAGGAGUUCAUAGCGGCCAUGACAACUAUGGGCCUAUCCCAAUUGAUCAUGGGGCUAACACACACUGAGGGUAACAACCUCAGUUUGGUCUUUUGCGCAGAUCAAGGUGGUGGUCCAUGGGUGGAAACUCCUAGAAUAUCUCCAUUGUCAUGGAUGGACCACCAUCUGGUUAUGGUUGGUUUUGUGGCCACAAUCCACCUCUUCAGGGAUGCAGGGCCUAUUAGGAUGGCCCACCCAAGAAGGCUAUUGGAUUUCAAGAGGCCUUGGAGGGUUUUAUAGUUGGUUCUGCCCGUGAUUCCCUGGUGGAGACCUGGGAGUUUAUCGUGGCAGUAGACACUGUCGCCCCUAAGUGUCUUCUCCUUUGAAAUUGGCCCCAUGGUACACUGAACAGCUGCAGGAGUUGAAAUGGCAGUGGAGAAGACUAGAGCAUACGUGGAGGAAGUCUUGACCUGAAUCCAUCAAGACACAACAUAAAGCCCAUUUGAAGGCGUAUUCUGUGGCAAUUCGUGCAGCAAAGAAGCAAUUCUAUUUUGCAUGUAUUGCAUCCACAAUCCAGUAAAAUCAUUGAGAGUUGUAAGGGGAUUGAUUCAGGUUCCCUCCUCUGAACUUAGAUCUGGAUUUUUCAUCAUCUUGCUGUGAUGCUUUUAACAACUUUUUUACAGAUAAAAUCUCUCAUAUUUGAGGCAGCUUGGACUCCAUGGUUAUGGCAGGGUCAACUGUAGAGGUGUCCAGUAACUCCUCUGGUCCAAUUAGAAUGGAUCAGUUUCAAUUUGUGAGUCCUGAGGAUGUGGACAAGCCUCUUGGUAGUGUUCUGCCUACCAUUGUCCUUUGGACCCAUGCCCAACAUGGCUUAUAACAUCUAGCAGGGAGACUGUUCCCUGGCCUAGUUGACAUCAUAAAUGUUUUGUUGAGGGAGAGCAAGAUGCCUCCAUGUUUGAAGGAGGCAAUUGUGAGGCCUUUACUAAAGAAGCCUGUCCUGGAGGAUGGUUAUAGGCCAGUCUCCAACCUUCCUUGGGUGGGCAAGGUAAUUCAGAGGGUGGUUGCUGAUUAACUCCAGGCAAUUUUGGAAGAUAUUAUCUUGAUCCAUUUCAAACUGGCUUUAGAGAGGACUAUGGGGUGGAAACAGCCUUGGUCGGCCUGAUGGAUGAUCUCUACCAAAGAACGAAUGGAGGGAGUGUGGCCCUGUUGGUUCUUUUGGUUAUCUCUGUGGCUUUUGAUACCAUAGACCAUAGUAUCCUUCAGGAUCGUUUGGGGGAUUCGGGAUUAUAUGGUACUGCUUUGCAGUGGCUCUGUUCCUAUCUCUCUGGUAGAUUCCAGAUGGUGUUGCUUGGAGAUAUAGCUGCUCUCUAAAACAAGAGCUGUUGCAUGGUGUCCCUCAGGGCUCCAUCCUAUCUCUGAUGCUUUUUAAUAUCUACAUGAAACCACUGGGUAAGAUCAUCAGGAGGUUUGGAGCAGGGUGUUAUCAGUACACUGAUGACACCCAAAUCUAUUUCUCCAUGAUUUCAUCAUCAGGAAAUGGCAUAACAAAAUGGCAUUUUAAAAAGUAUCUAAAGAUUUAUCGUUUUACCCAAGCCUUUUAGCUUUUUAACUGUGUAACUUUUUAAAUUUUGGAUUAUUUAUUGAUUUGUUUUAAGCUGUUUUUAAUAUUUAAUUAAGUUUUGUUUUUAUUUGUUGUGAACCACCCUGAGACCUUGGGUUAGGGCGGUAGAAAAAUGCACUGAAUAAAUAAAUAAAUAACCCCACUCCAUGCCUGCCUACGGGCAGUAAUGGACUGGAUGAGGAAUAAUAAAUUGAAACUAAAUCCAAGCACGAUGGAGGUACUCAUGGUAAAGGGUCAUACUUCGAGGGACAUGAUAGAUUUUCCUGUUCUGGAUGGGGUUGCACUCCCCCUAAAGGAUCAGGUGUGUAUCUUGGGAGUGUUUCUGGACCCAGACUUUACUCUGGUUUCUCAGGUUGAGGCUAUGGCCAGGAGUGUCUUCUAUAAACAUUGGUUGACUCAGGCACAGGCCUUCUCUGUAGUCACUCCUCUGUAGUCGCUCCCUACAGACUUUCGCGGUUUAACAUCUUACCGGCCUUUAAAAGAGUCCUUAAGACACUUUUUUUAAGCCAGGCUUUUAGUAAUCUUUGAAUGUUUUAAAUUGUCUUAAGAUUUUGUCUUACUUGUUUUUGUUGUAUUUGUUUUUGUGAAUCACCUAGAGCCUUUGGAGUCAGGAAGUAAAUUAAAUUAAUUAUUGAUUGAUUGAUUGAUUGAUUGAUUAAUAAUUUUUACUGAUUGCUGGCCUAGAUCUGCUUUGCUGCAACUGGAGGCCACAUUCUUCUACUGUAUAAAGAAUUGUUUUUCUUCUUUAUGGCAGUCUUUUAGAUACUAAAAGGAAUAGUCAUAUUUCCUUUCCACCACUACCAGCUUUUCCUAAAGCAGUUCAAGUCAAUACCACAUUGUAGACCUCUUAAGCCUACCAUGCAUGCAGUUUGCCUCUGCUCUCAGUUUUCCGCAAAGCAACAGAUGUACUAAUGCUUCCUCUCUCUUCCCUACCAAUCCAGCACAAUUUGAAUAUAGUAGUGAUAUCUCCCUUUUAAAAUACAGCAUAAACGAGGUAAAUUAUUUGACAAGCAUUUGGGGAUAAGGCUGUAGCUCAGUGGUGGAACAUCUGCUUUACAUACAGUCUCUGACAUCUCCAUGCAGAACUGUGAAAGACACCUGCCUGAAACCUUGGAGAGCUUCUGCAAGCCCAUGUAGUCGAUACUGAACUAGAUGGGCCAAUGGUCUUACUCAGUAUAAGGCAACUUCCUAUGCUCCUUCUAAAGUAUUUCAUGUUACAUUUUUAAGCCCAAAGAGCAGGACAAAAAAGGACACUUGCUUACUGGUCCUGUAAAGGCAAAGUGUGCCAUUGAGUCGGUGUGAACUCCUGGUGACCACAGAGCCCUGUGGUUGUCUUUGGUAGAAUACAGGAGGGGUUUACCAUUGCCAUCUCCUGCACAGUAUGAGAUGAUGCCUUUCAGCAUCUUCCUAAAUUGCUGUUGCCCGAUAUAGGUGUUUCCCGUAGUCUGGGAUUCGAACUGGCAUCCUCUGGCUUGCUAGUCAAGUACUUGGAUAUUAUUUGGAUUCUGACAGUUUUGUGUUGCGGUUGGCAUGAACACUGUUAAAACAGGAAAUGCACAGAGAUUAAUUGAAAGUUGCGUACUGGCAUUCCUAUGGUUCCUAAUAAAAAUUGCUUUGUUGAAUGUGACCAGUAUCCAUCCUGUCCAGCACAAUAGUUUUCCACAGUGCCCUACUGGAUAUCUCCGGAAAUUUGGCAUGAAGAGCUUUCCUCUGUUUGCCCCCAGUAUGUGUUAUCUGGAGGUAUUGGUGAUGUACUUCUUUGAACAUUUAAUUAGAACUGCUAAUGGCUAUUAAUAGAGCUGUCUUCCAUGAGAAGGCUUACAACUCUGGACCUUUUCUGCCCUUUAACAUCAGUUCAAAGCAAGGAGAAUGAGUGGCCUAGGACUAUGAGAAAACUAGCAUUGAUCAAGCGUUGAUGUAGGGAACUCUGUGAGUGUCUACAACGGAAGGGGUUUCAUAUUCAUAUUUCAUUCAUUUCAUGCAAUGAGAGCUGUUUUAUAAAAACCAGCUCUCCCUGAUAUGCAACCAAAUCUUGCUAUAGAGCAGUUUAUGGGAAGUAUAAAAUAACACUUGUCAACCUGGGAUUAUGAAAAGGAGAUUCUUGCACAUAAGCCAUAUUUUGACUUUCAUUGGCCUUUACUUUGAAAAAUGGUGGCGGCAGCAGUGUGUGUGCAUGAGAGAGAGUGAGAGAGAGAGAGAGAUUUCCAGUAAGUAGUUGACAUCCUAACAAAGUAUGCACAUAAGGAGGGAUUGCAGGAAUACACCAGGAGCCCUUGUGUAACACCCUCAGUCCCUCUCAUGUGUGCUAUUGCACAAGACUAAGAGUCCUUAGAGUUUGGAGUGCUCCCCACAUUCCGGAAGUCUUUGGAAUGAUAAGAUCAGAAACAUGUUGCUGACCUUCAUAACCCUAACUAGAGUAUGUUCAGCUAUGCCAUGGAUAGAAACCUGGUUAGUUAUGGUACAGCAAGCAUCCAACGCAAAUUUUCUUUGGAUGCUUGCUAUAGCCUAACCAACCAGGUAAGGUAGCCUAUGGGCCAUCUUUAACCCCCAGACUUUGCCCCAUCCAGCCCGGAGCUGUAACCAUGUGAUGAUAACUAUAUGAAGGGUUGAUUUUUCUAAAGAAAGGGAGGCUGUGUGUGGAAAAGCCUUGGCAUGCUAAAUGUAGCCUACAAGUCUUAUUUUGCUUACUAGGAAUCUGCUGCAGUCAGUGCUUAGAAAGAGGUUGAUAUGUUGUUUCACCAUUGGCUGGAUUGUGGUACUAAAUGCCUAUUUGCAAACUUAUUUUUGAAUCUAAAAUGUCUUUAAAACAUCUUUAGUGGAGCAUUUUGAACAGAGGGUCAACUUAACUGAAAUAGAUUCAGUUGUGUAAUUAUACUCUGCAACCCAGCAAAAUGGCCCUGACCCUAUUACUGUUGUUUAAGAAUGAUAAUUUACUAUCUGAAGAAUAUAAUAGAAUGAGUUGGAUGCAAAAUGCUUGCAUCAGUCAAAGGUUUUGUGCAAUGUUUCUUUUACUGUUGCUCUUUCUGCAGCAAGAUAGCCUCUCACUUCUUUUUGUAUUUCUAUUGAAAACCAACAUGAAUAUAAAAUAAAGUACGUCAUUUAGAGGCAAGGGAAACUCUUAUAUUAUUACCUUUUGGAAGCAAUGAAAUAUCCAAGCCAUAAAAUCAUGGGCAAGUGGGAUUUUUCUUUGCAAAGUGUGUGUGUGUGUGUGUGUGUGUGUGUGUGUGUGUGUGUGUGAGAAUAGAUGAUAGUUGUGUGAAAGUUUUAUUUUUAUGGUAGAAUACCUAUAUAUAAUUAUAUAUGAUUAUAUUUAGGCUUUAAAUAUAAAUGUUUUUUUAAAAAGUAAUGUAGAAGUCCAAACAGAUGAAACACCUUAAAAUAUAGAAACUAGACAGAUGUUGCCUUACAACAAAGAAAACAUCAGACUGAGAGGGAUUGUAUAUAUAUAUAGAUUUUUGCUUUUUUAUUGUGAGAUGUUCACUUUAAGUGCAGGCACAUUUUGACACUUUCUGAACUCCUUUUCCUAAUACAUAAUAUUUGUUAAAUGCCAACUAUAAGCUUAAUCAUUGGAGUGCUAACUGGUAAGACCUGCAGGUUCUUAGAUCUGCUUUUGGAAGACUGUAGGUUGAUUUAAUCAAUAUCACACAUGGAGCCAUUUUGGAAAAUAUAACUUCCAGUAUGAUGGCCACAUAAACAUGGCAUUUUUGUAACUAAACUUCUUAUAUUGUACAUGAGAAUGCUUAUGGUGUUCAUAAGGCCAACAGAUCCAUUUAUGAACAUUAAAAUGUUUAAUUCAUAAGUAUAUAUUUAAAAUACAUCUUUUAGUGACUUACCAGUGCCUAAUGUGCUAAUUGGUGUCAUAAUCCUCUGAAUUUGAGGGAAAUAACACUGAAGUCAUCAGCAUGUUUUCAGCUGGUCUUUAAAUCAACUUUGAGAGUAACAAUGGGCCAUCAAACGGAACCAAGAUUAAACCUUGACUUUGUGUGAUGCUUUAGAGCCUCAAGAGCAUAUGCUUCCCCUUCUGCUUUGUUCACAAGCCUGGGAAGAAUUCUACUUCAGACUUUGAGUAGAAACAGUAACCAGAUGGCUCAAAAUAAACCACAGUAAAUCCAAGGUUUGAAAUCCAGUUCUGAUCACAAUUUAUUUCAAGACCCUUAGAUAGUAUAAGCCAUAUUGAUUGGAUGUCACAACUGAUCCUAGCUUCUGAUCUAACCACAAUUGAAGCAGAAUUCUUUUGAGGCUCAUGCAUGAAGGAAAGGAGAGAGAGGGAAGUGUUCCAAGACUUGGAGACAUUGUAUGAAGACAAGGUUUAAUCUUGUCUCCACAUGAUGUCUGAACUUCAUGCUGAGAUCCAAAUCAUAGUAAUUUUGUGCUGUGGUGCCCUACAAAUAACAUGCAUUUUCUGAUGCCACGUUAGUGUUAUGUUAGCUUAGACACCAUCUCUGAUAUUCAAAAAUAUUGAUGUGCUCUCUAUAGACUUGAGGAGCCAGCGUGGUGUAGUGCUUAGAGUGCUGGACUAGGACCGGGGAGACCCGAGUUCAAAUCCCCAUUCAGCCAUGAAACUAGCUGGGUGACUCUGGGCCAGUCACUUCUCUCUCAGCCUAGCCUACUUCACAGGGUUGUUGUGAAAAGAGAAACUCAAGUAUGUAGUACACCGUUCUGGGCUCCUUGGAGGAAGAGCGGGAUAUAAAUGUAAUAAUAAUAAUAAUAAUAAUAAAUAGACUUUAGGUUAUCUGUUGCUACAGAGAUACUCAGUUGUGCCAGCUCUUUCUGUUCAUUGUAGGAGCUUGCAGCCAUGAAGUGCCUCUGGAACUCUGGUUAGGAUCAGUGGUCUCUCUAGUUUUUUUCAUCUCUGUGCGGAAUGAGUUUUUUUCUGGGCGGCAGUAUCAAGGCACUGUGUGCGCACAUGCAUUCAGAGUGGGGCCUUCCUGAUUCAGCCUAAAAUGAACUGAGUGGACACCAAAAAACUUGUGAGCAUGCACACGUGCACACACCUUAGAGGGAACAGUGGUUAGGAUACAACCCAUUGAUCUGUAGAAUCAGCCUUAUACAACAUCUACAGUGGAGUGGAGGAAAGAACAUUCUUCAAAGAAAAUGAAGUAGUGUAAAAUAUACAUUGUAGUACAUCUAUACAGCUUGAAGAAACAAGAAAAAAAGGAAGUGGACAAAAGAGUAAGUUAACAAUCCAUCUAUUUUGUCAAACUUACCACAAAUCAGUCAAAUCUACACAUAAUGUAAGAAAAUGUAUUUUAUUUUUCUGGGACUGUUCAGUGUAACCUUACAGUCCAUUAAUGUUACAGUUUUCAGUGUAGAGAAGAGGGUCUGACGGUGUGCAGUUGAGCGGCAAAACAGCAAGCUUAGGUCAGAAAUAGGUUAUGGCAAAGUAAUAGCAAUGGAAGCAAAAUACUAUGCAAAAUGUUUGGUUGGGCUUUACAAGAAGUUCAAGAGAAGUUACCCUAAGAAAAACCAGUGUAAUUCAGCUCUACACAGGGUAAUAAUGCUGAGUUAAUAAAUUAAAUGGGUUAUGAGAUGAAUGAACAGGGCAUACUGAAUACUCAGACUGAGGGAACCUGACUGAAAUGUAGGAAACAUGGAGCAUAGAAAUUAUUAUUAUUAUUUCUUGUUUACACAGUCAGACAGAUUAUUAUUAUUAUUAUUAUUAUUAUUAUUAUAAUAUAAUUUUAUUUUACAUUUAUAUCCCACUCUUCCUCCAAG